AUGCGCAACAAGCGGAAAGCAUCCCUAACACAGCACAGUAAGCCCACGUAUACUUCUUCUUCCUACAAGGGAAGAAAUCAGCAUAGCAAGCGAUACGUCAUCGUCUCUAGCGACGAAGAGGAUAUUAGCACAGACGAGGAAGAAGUGACCGCUGACGAAGACUGGGAAAUCAACGGUAUCCUGGCCGAAAACGAAACCCACUACUUGAUAGACUGGGUUGGAAACUAUUCGCCUUCUUGGGAACCAAAAGAAAACGCCAACGAAGUUGCGGUCCAGAUCUGGGAAGAAAAGAAACGGAAAGAAGAACAAGCUCCUAAGGGAAACGGCUUCUCAAUUGAGCAAUCUUCAUCGCGAUCGUCUAAUUCUAUUUUCGACGAGUGUGCCGAAACCCCUGCACAAGAGCUAGUACGGCAACAGUCCUCAGACUCCGACUUGUUCGUUCCGCUUGACUCUGUACCGGAGGCGCGUUCUCAAGAGACCAACGAACUUCCACUGUCAAGCCUAGCAACUGAAAAUUCUAGUCAAUUUUACGCCGAUAUCAAACCCACGGUAGCGAGUUAUUCCCACAGCGUGUUCGAGAGCUGUCCGAGAGCAUCCAUCCCCCCGGAGUAUCGUCUUCCCGACGAAAUCGAAAAGCCGCUAACACAGGACGGGGAUCCUAUCGUAGAAGUCUCUGUACGGGGCCUCGAGAACCCUGACCUUGCUGGGAGAGCUGCCGAAGACGCUGGGACGUCUCGAGAAAGGCAGAGGAGGAUCGUACAUCCAAGUCCUCGAGCAGAAAUCCCGGAAAGCCCAUUUAUUUCGUUGGCUCCCCCACAAAGCGAGUCCAUACAGGCAGGGUCUCCGUCAGAAACACCAGGCCCUCACUCUCUGACCUCAUCAGAUACGAACGGAGUUCCUUCAAGCGCUUUUCCUGCUCGAACUUCGCUGGCAAACGGGCGCUUGCUAACAGGGAAUUCCAGCUCUUCCGCCAAUAGUACUCCUGCUUGCCCCACAGGGUAUCUGGACUUCAGACAUACUAUUUCAUCUGCAGAGUCAGCCCCAAGGAACAUUCCAACAACCCAAACUCUUACUGCGCCUGCCCUAGAGGCGGUCGCCCAUUCUGCUAGCCUCUAUCCAGGCGUUGCCCCCUCACGAAAUUCUAUUCUAAAUAGCUUCCCGGUUUUGGAUAGUAUUCCUAUUUCUCCGCAACAUCCGUCAGGGCAUCCGCUUUUGGGCUCAACAUCUGGCGUUGCCUCCCGGCCUUUGAUUACACCAUAUCCAUCCACGCCGGCUAUCAUGGAUGACCAAGGCCAGAAAAAGCAAAAGAGCUCUCUCGCCGACACUAUGGAGAAAUAUAGCCACAUUGAAGGUUCAACGCCGCGGGAGAAGAUAAUGAAUUUAUAUGACAAAAUGCGCGAUAAGAGCACGGUUGAGACCUUGCAAAACGAAGCAAGUGCAACACCAUCAUCUCCCGGGGAUAUUGAAGCUUCGGAACCGCCACCUGCACCCGGUACAGGCGCACCUCUCAGCGUGAGAGUGGACAAGGAUUCUUCACAUGCCGACCCAAUCAAAGAUUUAGUACCGGAGACCUCUCUAGAUGAAACGGAACAUCUGACGCAUAUCUCUGAGACAUUCCAAACUAUCCAACCUAGCGCGUUAACAAUAAACCACACUGAAGAAAGACCACCAGGGUCUGUUCAGCUCGGCCCUUCUGAGUUUGCUGUGCCACUUCCGAUGGAUUCGCGGGUAAAGGAUGAUUACGAGCGGGUACUAGAGGAGUCAAAGAAUGCACUUGAGGUUUCCCUUUCCGGCAGAAAGGAAAUUCCGGAGUCUGAGCUGCAGCUGGAACGUGCAGCGCUAUUAAUACAACAAGUAUUAGAACGUCUAAGUAAUGCAGCAACUCAUCCUGAUAUAAAUGUCGCGGACCACAUGGAAAGUGCCGAAUCGAAGUUCGAACAGGAAGCCUCCUGGGCGGACUAUUCAAGCGCCAAAUUUCUCCUACUUAAUUAUCUCAUUAAGGCCGCAAGUGAACAUGAUAUCCAUUUGGUCAUCAUGGUCCGAGGAGAAAAGACCCAAGGGAUCGUCGAACGUUAUUUGCAGGGCAAGGGAUUUUCGUAUACACGCUCACGCGAGGAGAUGGGCAGCGGCACCAAUGCAGAGGUGUCUUUGGCCAAGGAUGCUCUAAGCUUUGGCGUUCAACUGGCUCAAAGCGAUGGGAUAGUGAACGUAUACAAAGCUCCGUCAGCAAUAAUUGCGCUUGACUCCUCACUGAAUACAAAGAAUCCCUCUGUGGAACAUAUGCGAACAACAUUUGCUCGUAACGGGCACUUGCUACCUAUCAUCAGACUCAUGGUGGCUAAUUCAAGUGAGCAUGUUGAGCUAUGCUAUCCGGGGCCUUCAACACCGAAGCAUCUUUCUAAAAUUCUCCAGUACUCAGAACAUCUUCGAGACAUAGUUGGAGACCUUCAAGACGAUGCUCUUGGGGUGCAUGAAGAUGCAAAUGAAAUCAUGACAUGUCUCCUCUCAGAUAAUUUCGAUGCCUUCUGGUCGCUACCCCCAGUCGAGCCGCUGCGCAAAUGGACCAUGGACGAAUCAAGUCAAGAUGAGGAGCCGAGCCAACCCAAGGUUGACAACACGAUAUCUGCUACAUCUCUGGUGCAAAAACGCGUAUUGGAAGAAGACUCUACUGAGCCAUUUCCGAAAAAACCACGGAUGGGCGAGUCUCAGAAUACAAGUGAGCUCACAGUUGGUUCAAAGGCGGAGUCUCAAUCACUGGAUAGCCAAAUACAACUUUUGGAGAAGAAUCUAAUGCAGAUGAGAGCUUCAAAUGCAGCUGAUAUUCAGAAGCUCCGAAAAGAAUUGUCUGCGGCUCAAACCCGCUUACUUGAGAGGGAUAGGGUGUUAGAGUCGCUUCAACAUCGCUAUGAGACCCGAACAAAGGAUUUACAUAAUAUCCGACGGGAGCGCGAUCGUCUUAUUGAAACCAAGGCGAAUUAUGAACAGAGGAUCAAGAAACAGAACGAAGAGAUUAUCAAACUUAAAGAUGAACGUGCUCAAUUAAAGCAAGAUCUGGAUCAAGCACGCGAUGCUCUCAAGACCGGCGGAGGCGACAUGGCAGAGCUAGAAAAGGCAAGGGAGGAAAUACGCCGUCUCACAACAGAGAAUGCAGCACUGGAGCGAAAAGCCGACGUUGCAAACAAACAGGCUGAGUACACCCGGGAGCAAUACCAAACAGCAUCCAAUGCUGCUGCGCACUCUGGAAACGAACUCCGCACUCUUCGGGAUGAAAACGAGGCUCUUAAACGCAAGGUCGCCGGCGAAGCCACCCGACUUCGGGAAUUGAACAUCCAAAACGAUGAAAGCCGACACCUGACUCGCAUUGGAGAACUGGAAUCUCUGCUGUCAGUACGCGAAGAUCUCCUCCAGAAGAAAGAGGACGAGCUCCGCGAGAUCCGCAAGAAUCGCCCAUCCACACGCUCAACAAGCACCCAACCACGAAGCCCAAAGUUAAAUGCGAACAACUACAGCCGUCCUACAAGCCCUGGAAUCAAUAAUAACGGAUCUAAUUUUCCAGGCCGCGGAAGCGCUCUUAGGUUUAGUUCUGAGAUGUCCCUAUGA